UGAGAAUUUACUUGCAAUGUUUCAAACAUUUGUAUUAGAUUUGUGAAAUGAGAUUAAAUCAAAAGUAAACAUUUUAAAGCUAAGUUUGAUGUACAAUGUCUAGAAGUCAAAUGAAACAGCAGAGACCAGAAUCGCCCCAACCAAGAUAUUUGUCCAUGAGAAGUCAGGCGUCUAAAUUUGAACCAAUGGAAUUCACAACAAGAGGACCCUCUGAAUAUACUUUGAGUGAGAUGCGGCCUUUCUCUAACAAAAGACAAUCAAGGAGGUCUAGUGACCAUGAGAAUAAAAGUCACCUGGACUCAGUUUUCAAGGUGCUUGAGGACGACAUCAUGCAUUUUGUAACAUGUGAACUUAGAAAAAUGAAGAACAUGUUGAGCCCAGAAGGCUCAGGGAGGUAUAGUGAGAAGAAAGAGGAAACAACUGAUGAGGAAAUGCAUAGAAAGAACAACAGAGAUGCAUUCCUGAAAAUUACAAUCAACUUCUUGAGGAGAAGGAAUGAGGAGCGGCUCGCUGAAUCUUUGUUGAAUAAAACUCAAACAGCUGUUUACCAAUUUAAAUUGAAGUCCCACUUGGCUAAAAAGAGUCGGCAAUUUUUCGAGGGCAAUGUCAAGAGAGGAAACCCAAAGAGUAUAAGUCAAAUCUACACUCAGCUCUAUGUGGCACCUGAUGAGAGAGAAGUCAAGAAUGAAGAUGAGGUCAAACAAACUGAAUCAGCAUCUUUGGUACCAGGUGGUUCUGAAACCACCGUCAGCUGUGAGGAGAUUUUUAAACCUGAGAGAGAUGAGAAAAUUAGGACGCUGGUGACCAAGGGUGUUUCUGGCAUUGGGAAGACAGUGUUGACACAGAAGUACACUUUGGACUGGGCUGAAGGCAAAGCCGACCCUAAUAUACAGUUUAUCUUCCCAUACACAUGCAGGGAGCUCAAUUUGCUAAAAUCUAAAAGCAUCAGCUUAAUUGGACUUAUUCAUCAAUUCUUCCCUGAAACAAAGGAAGCAGAAAUCAGUUGUUUUGAGGAUUUCCAGGUUCUGUUUAUUUUUGAUGGUCUUGAUGAGCUUCAACCACCUCUCAACUUCAGCAACACUCAGAUUCUGACAGAUGUUAGUGAACCUGCAUCGAUUCAUGUGGUAGUGGCAAAUCUCAUCAGGGGAAAACUUCUUCCCUCAGCUCUUAUAUGGAUAACCACACGACCGGCAGCAGCCAAUCAGAUCCCUUUCCAGUAUGUUGACAGCGUGACAGAGGUCAGAGGGUUCACAGACUUACAAAAGGAAAAAUACUUCAGGCAAAAAUACCCAGACAAAGAACGGGCCAACAGCAUCAUCUCCCAUAUUUUGACAUCAAAAAGUCUCCAAGUAAUGUGUCGCAUCCCUGUUUUCUGUUGGAUCACUGCUACAGUUCUGGAUCAGGUCAUGAAAGGUAAAGAGAAAACAGAGCCACCCAAGACCCUAACUGAGUUGUAUAUUCACUUCUUGGUCGUACAGAUCAAUCGUGACAAUGCCAAGUAUCAAAACAAAAUGUUGACUGAGCCCAUCUGGAAUUCAGAGAGCAAGAAGAUCUUACUUGCUUUUGGAAAAUUAGCUUUUGAGCAGCUGGAAAGGGGAAACCUGAUAUUCUAUGAAGAGGACCUAAAGGAGUAUGACAUAGACAUAAACACUGCAUCGGCAUACACAGGAGUGUUUACAGAGAGCUUUAAAGAAGGGAGCAUACUGAACCAGAAAAGGAUGUUUGGUUUUGUGCAUCAGAGCAUUCAAGAGUUUCUGGCUGCACUUCAUGUCUUUUUAGAGUUCAUUAAGACCAGUAAUAAUCUGUUGAGAAGAAGUCUCAAGCCUUUGCAGCGAGAAAACAAAUUCAAACUCUUUUACCUGAGUGCAGUGGACAAGGCUUUGGGGAGUCCAGAUGGACAAUGGGACAUGUUUACACGCUUUCUUUUAGGACUAUCGCUGAAAAACAACCAAAACCACCUACAAGGCCUAAUUAAAAAAACAAUGCAGUUACCAGAUGUUCAACAAAUGCUUGUCCAAAACAUCAAACAGAAAAUUAGGGUUUCUCCUUCAUCUGAGGAAAGCAUCAGAAUUUUUGACUGGCUAAAUGAACUGAAUGACCAUUCUCUAGAAGAGGAGAUGACACUGUACCUGAUGGAAAAGGGUUGGGCAAAGAAGCUCACUUCUUCUCAGUGGUCAGCAUUGGCCUAUGUCUUGAUGUAUUCACAAAGAAAUUAUGAUAUUUUCAACUUCAAGAAGUUUUCUGAUUCAAAGGAGGCACUCAUAUGGCUUCAGCCGGUGAUGAAAGCAACAAAGAAGUCUCUGCUCUGUAGUUGUAACCUGUCACAGAGAAGCUGUAUACCUCUUGCAUCAAUGUUGGCCGCUGACAGAUCGUGUCUCAGAGAGCUGGACCUGAGUGACAAUGACCUGCGCGAUGAUGGAGUAGAAAUCCUCUCUCAAGGACUUAUGAAUAAAAAGUGUAGAUUGGAGGUCCUUAGCUUAUCAGGCUGCUUGGUGUCAGAGAGAGGCUGUGCUUCUCUGGCUUCAGCUCUGACCUGCAACCCUUCUCAUCUGAGAGAGCUUGAUCUGAGCUUUAACCAUCCAGGAGAAUCAGAGCUGAGAAAGAUUUCUGCUGGCAUGAAAGACCAAGGCUGGAGGCUACAGACUCUAAAAACAGAUCAUUGUGGAAAGCUGCGCCUGAAUCCAUCACCCCAACGGUUUUUCCUUGAGCAAAAAUUGGAUCCCAACACAGCAAACAAAAAUCUCCUACUAAGUGAAGACAACAAACAGGCAGAGAUGGUAGAAGAGAAGCAGACCUAUGCUGAUCAUCCAGAGAGGUUUGACACCUGGAAACAAAUGCUGUGCAGAGAUGGUCUGACUGGUCGCUGCUACUGGGAGGUCCGAUGGAGAGGGAGCAUCAGAAUAGGAGUGACGUACAAAAGAAUCAGGAGGAAGGGGGAGAGUGAGGAGUGCUGCAUUGGUUUAAAUGAUCACUCUUGGAUUCUUUCCUGUGAUUCUCAGGGUUUCACUGCCUGGCACAAUAACAAACAAACUGUCAUAAAACCAUACCAACCUAUCAGCUCCAACAGACUGGCAGUGUAUUUGGACUGGUCUGCAGGCACUGUGUCUUUUUACUCACUUCCUGGGAUGGUGCUCUCAAUAAAAAAGAUCCACCUUCAUACCUUUCAGACCACAUUCAAUGAACCACUUUAUGCUGCAUUCGGGUUUGGAUCAAAACAAGAGUGUAAGAAUGAGUCCGGUUCAGUUUCUCUGAUGCAGGUUGAAUAAUAAGGUUUGAUUCUUUGGAGAAAAAAGUUUCCCAAACUUAGCACAGCAUUCCUUAUAUCAAUGUAUGUAGGCCUACAUGCAUCCUUAUUGGGAGGUAAAAGUAAAGAUCUAUAUUCUGAACAUGUAAAUAGUCAAAUUGUGGACAAAUGAAAAUUAUCCUGCAUCUACGAAUAAUUUAUACUUUCAGCUUUGCUUAGCUUGCACUGUUAGAGAAAACUGAAGUAGCAAAGGAGAUCAAUAAACAGACAAAAAAUUCUAAGGGCAGAAAGGGUCAGAUUCUGCUAAGAUUUUUCUGGAGAUUUAAUGUUUUUAGGGCUGCCUCUGAGGCAACAGAUAUGAUCACUCUUCUACUAUCCUGCUAUAUUUUUUCAUUCUAGUGCUGCCACUAAUGUAUUUAAGUCUUGGAAA